AUGGAGGACAAGUUUGGCCAGCAGGGGAAGCUGGACUUCGAGACUUUAGUGGAUGAAAUCAGUCACAAUUUGAGGAGCACCUUUGUUUCCAGACACAAACGCUUCGAUGAAUUCUUUUUGGAGCUGCUGGAGAAUACGGAACGCUCUUUAAAUGAGAUGUUCGUGAAGACUUAUGGAAAACCGUACAUGCAGAACUCGGAGGUGUUCGAGAACCUUUUCGCCGAGCUGAAGCGAUAUUACACCGGCGGCAACGUCAACCUGGAGGAGAUGCUGAAUGAUUUCUGGUCGCGGCUGCUGGAGCGAAUGUUCUCUCUGCUCAACUCCCAGUACGUCAUCACUGAGGACUAUCUGGAGUGCAUCAGCAAGUACACGGACGAGCUCAAGCCCUUCGGAGACGUGCCCAGGAAGCUGAAGGCCCAGGUCACACGGGCGUUCAUCGCAGCCCGCACGUUUGUCCAGGGUCUGUCGGUCGGCCGCGAGGUGGCCCAACGAGUGGCCAAGGUGAGCAGCACUGCGUCCUGUAUCCGAGCUCUGACCCGACUCAUGUACUGUCCGUACUGCCAGGGCAUGCCCUCUGUGAAGCCCUGUGGGAACUACUGCCUCAAUGUCAUGAAGGGCUGUCUGGCCAACCAGGCAGAUCUCGAUCCAGAGUGGAACCAAUAUAUCGAUGCUCUGCUGCUGGUCGCGCAGAGGCUAGAGGGACCUUUCAACAUUGAAUCUGUUAUGGAGCCUAUUGAUGUGAAGAUUUCAGAGGCCAUCAUGAAUAUGCAAGAUAACAGCGCCCAGGUUUCCUACAGGGUUUUCCAAGGUUGCGGCCAGCCAAAGCCCGCAGGAAUGAGCCGAUCCGCACGUGGUGUUUCGGACGUGUUCACUGCCCGUUUCAAGCCCUACAGUCCAGAAGAGCGACCGACCACUGCAGCUGGCACGAGCCUCGACAGACUGGUGGCAGACAUCAAAGAGAAGUUAAAGACGUCUAAGAAGUUCUGGUCCGGUCUCCCCGACUUAGUGUGUGCGGCCGAGCGCCUCAAGCCAGGGAACUCCUCUGAGGACGACUGCUGGAACGGCCACUCCAGGGGCAGGUAUUUCCCAGAGGUGCAGAAGGACGGCUUGACCAACCAGGCGACCAAUCCAGAGGUGGAGGUGGACAUCACGCGGCCGGACACCAACAUCCGACAGCAGAUCAUGGCGUUGAGAGUGAUGACCAACAAACUGAAGAACGCAUACAACGGCAACGACAUCUACUUCCAGGACUCCGGCGAUGAGAGCAGCGGCUCCGGCUCGGGCAGCGGCUGCACAGACGACUGUCCCACCACAGAGGCCACCAGCCCUGCGUCCGAAGCCCCCGUGGUGGAGGCGGACCGCAGUGAACCCGUGGGGGCCUCUUCCUCGCUCCACACGCCGACCGCCCUCCUGCUCUGGGCCCUCACACUUCUACAGCAGUGGAGAUAA